CCAGAGCUCUUGUUGUACAGGCACGAGAAGCCCGUCAUGAAGCUGACAUUGGCAGCAGUUCUGCUCCAGAGCCUUCCAGCUCUAUCUGUCCCAAGCCCACAUUAUGGCGAACUCUCCGGGCCAACAUGUGUUGUCAAGCCAGCAGGACAGAACGAUUCAGCGCCCGCUAUCAUCAAGGCAUUCGAGGAUUGCGGCCACAAUGAAGGCGAUGCGCGGGGCCGCGUCGUGUUCACGAACGAGACGUACCACAUCAAGUCGGUUAUGAAGACGACCGGACUUCGCAACGUUGAUAUCGAGCUUCACGGGACCCUGCUCUGGGACCAAAACAUUCCGUACUGGCUGAACAACUCUUUGCCUGUGGGCUACCAGAACCAGUCCUCAGCUUGGUCAUUCGGAGGUGAAAAUGUGAACUGGCAGGGUUUCGGAUAUGGAACGCUCGAUGGUAAUGGCCAAGUGUGGUACGACUUCAUCAAUGGUACAAACAAUUACCCCGGCCGGCCUCACAGUAUCACUAUCACUGGCACCAAGGACAGCUACUUCCAGGGCAUUCGAUUUGUGCAGAGCCAGAUGUGGACAAUGACUAUCAUCCAUUCCGAGAAUGUGCUGCUGGAGGACAUCUACAUCAACAGCACAGACACCAAGCAGGCAGUCGGGUUUGACUUUUCAUCUCUGAACACCGACGGAGCAGAUACCAUUUACGCGAACAACAUUACCUUCCGCCGGUUCACUGUCGACAACGGCGACGAUUCAAUCAGCGCCAAAGCCAACAGUACCAACAUCCUCAUCGAAGACUGCGAUUUCUACACUGGCCUUGGCGUUGCCAUCGGCAGCAUCGGGCAGUACGAGGACCGUUAUGAGACGAUCGAAAACAUCACAGCACGCAACAUCACAAUCAACCACAUGCGUUACGGCGUCUACAUUAAGACAUGGACAGGAGUCAGCACCGGCUACCCACCAAACGGAGGAGGCGGUGGCAGAGGUUACGCCGCCAACAUGACCUUCGAAGACUUCAAGCUUAAGAAUGCAAGCGGCAUCUUUGCGAUCACUCAGUGUACCUCUUACAACGGUGCCAGUGGAAACUGUGGGACUUCCCCAUUCAACAUCAGAGACUUGACAUUGAAGAACUGGUCUGGCACUACCACGAGCGAUGUCAUUGGAGAAAUGCAAUGCAGUGAAGCUGCGCCUUGCACAGGCUUCACGAUUGAAGGAAUGGAAGGCAUCAUUGAUACUGUCAACAACACUUUGCCUUCUCAGUAUCUGUGCGAUAGUGUCAUCAACCCCACUGGGUUCGAGUGCACCGGUGUCCCGUACGGGGAGAAUCCGAGAAAGUAAGAGGUCAGCCUGGAGACGUCACGACGAGUGGGAAGCAUGGUCGAUGGCGAAUUUGCAAUUGCAAAUGAACGAUAUGUAUCACACUCAGGCCCUGACCUGGUGUCAGUGACCUGACCUGGCUAUCGAUGCUAUAUUGGUCAAUAUCCCCACCAUAUAUAUUCAAAUCUAGCCCAGGCAAUGGCCCAAUCAACCAGCAGCGGGCCAUCGCUCUGCAUCUGUAGC